UUAUGUAUUAUAUAGUGGUGGUGGAUUUUGAGGGCGAGAAUAAAAAUGGAAAAUGGUGCGACCCCUCUUUCCGCCAUAGCCGAGUCCUUCGAAGGGCUUGCCAAAUUAGUAUGUUCCUUUAAGGAUUCCUCCCAACAACUCCGAUUGGAUGUUCUCUGUGACGCUUGUUCUCUCGUCUCUGUUCUCUUUAGUUCUCUCGGCCUCGCCUUCAAAUUCGCCGAGUUAGAGUACGACUCCAAGGUGCGUGAUCUUUCGGAAGCUUCAAAGAAGCACGAGACAUUGCUCACAAUACUUGAUGAUGAUAUUGCAAAUGACACAGUUAAAGCACCCGGAAGCAAUUCUCGCAAUCUGCGUCGAGUUAGACAAGGUUUGGACCUUGUUAGAGCUCUGUUUCAACAGUUCAUGUCCACUGAAGAAUACUCGUUAAAGGAAGCUGCUUCAACAGCUUAUACACAAGUUUGUGCGCCCUACCACCCCUGGACAGUCAGAAUGGCAGUUUCUGCUGGAAUGUAUACUCUUCCAACCAGGGAGCAGCUUCUGCUAAAUCUCAACGAGACCAAUCAGCUUGCAGAGAAGAAAAUGAAAAGGUAUAUCGACGCUUCGGGUCCGGUUAUAGAAUAUAUUGAUAAGCUUUACAUUUCUAGAAAUAUCAGCUUGGACUGGUGACUUUCAUGUCCUUCUGAGGACAACCGCUUCUUCACUUUAUCUUAUCUAAGCAAGCAGCACAUCUCAACAGUGUUAGUAUAUCACAAAAA